AUGUCUGAGCCAGAAGCCCCCGCUCAGUCGGAGCACCUCAACAUCAAGGUCACCGACAACAACAAUGAAGUUUUCUUCAAGAUCAAGCGAUCCACUCCCUUGAAGAAGCUUAUGGAUGCUUUCUGUGAUCGCCAGGGAAAGCAGAUGACGACUGUGCGGUUCCUUUUCGAUGGAACCCGUGUACGUCCCGAUGACACUCCUGAUACUCUUGAUAUGGCCGACGGCGACACCCUCGAGGUUCACCAAGAACAGAUUGGUGGCUAA